AUGCAGACAAUUUAUUUUCUUUUCGUUGGAGCCUUGGUACUGUUGCACUUUAUCGCAACUAUCUCAGCUAGCAUAAGUAUUGCCAAUAACCAUAACAACAGUGCUAGUGAUCUGAAUGCUCUUCUUGCCUUCAAAGCCGCCAUUUUCGAUCCCCAAAGGAUCAUCCCAACCAACUGGUCCACUUCUACCUCAGUUUGCAGCUGGAUUGGUAUCACUUGUAAUGCUCGUCAUCACAGAGUCGCAGCCAUUGACCUUUCUUACAUGGGAAUUGCGGGAACGAUACCUCCACAAUUGGGAAAUCUUUCUUUUCUCGUCAGGUUGAAUGUUAUGAAUAACAGCUUUCAUGGACACCUUCCACCCGAGCUAUCUCGUCUCCAUCGAUUGAAGCACAUCGAACUUGCAAGCAAUGACUUUGAAGGAGAAUUUCCGUCAUGGUUGGGAGCUUUAACUGCACUCCGAUACUUAUCCUUCUGGGAUAACGGGUUUUCAGGUUCAUUAUCAGGCAGGCUCUCUAACUUCACAAAGUUAGAGACCAUCUGGUUGGGUCACAACUUUUUUACUGGAAAUCUUUCUGAAGAAUUCAGCGCUCUACCGAAAUUGAAAUUUUUGGAAAUUCAACAGAACCAACUUGUAGGCCCUCUGCCACGGGCUCUGUUUAACCUCUCCUCAUUGCAAAAGAUUGGUUUUACGAAUAAUAGCUUAUCGGGUUACCUUCCAGCACAUAUCUGCGAUUAUCUCCCACAACUUCAAGGGAUUUACUUAUCAUGGAAUUACUUUGAAGGUGAAAUUCCAUCAGGCAUUGGAGAAUGCUCAGGACUCCAAGUUUUAUCCUUGUCUUACAACAAAUUCCGAGGAUAUAUACCAAAAGAAUUUUGGAAUCUAACCACGCUUACAGAAAUAUAUUUGGGGGGGUACGACCUGACAGGGUUGUGA